AACCUGUUAACCACUCUGCUGCUGAUAAGAUUCCUUUAACAAAAGUCGGUCGACGUCUGUACACUGUAAGACACAGAGAGUCUGGAGUUGAAAGAUCUAUUGUUUGUCAAAUUGAUGCAGUGGAAGGAAGUAAGAAGGUAACAAUUCGCUCCCCAGUGCAGAUUAGAAAUCAUUUUUCAGUCCCACUCUCUGUUUAUGAAGGGGACACUUUAUUGGGAACUGCUUCACCUGAAAAUGAAUUCAACAUACCAUUAGCAUCUUACCGAUCGCUCCUUUUUCUGAAGCCAGAAGGCGAGGAUUAUCAAAUGUGUGAAGGAAUUGAUUUUGAAGAAAUUAUAAAAAAUGAAGGAGCACUUAUAAGGAAGAAAUGUACAUCUAUAAACCCUUCUAGGAAAUCAUUUCUUAUUAAUAUUGUCCCAGAGAAAGAUAAUUUGACAUCUCUGUCAGUGUAUUCGGAAGAUGGUUGGGACUUACCAUACAUAAUGCAUUUGUGGCCACCUAUCUUACUCCAAAAUCUUCUUCCAUAUAAAAUUGCUUAUUAUGUGGAGGGGAUCGAAAAUUCAGUUUUUACUCUAAAUGAAGGACAUUCAGCCCAGAUUUGUACUGUACAGUUGGAUAAAGCCAAGCUACAUUUAAAAUUACUUGACUAUCUUAAUUAUGAUUGGAAAAGUGAAUAUCAUAUAAAACCUAAUCAACAAGACAUUACUUUCAUUAAUUUUGCCUGUAUUACAGAAAUAGAAAAGACUGAUUUAGAUAUUGCUAUCCAUAUGACUUAUAAUCCUGGUCAAACAGUUGUGGCAUUUCAUAGUCCUUAUUGGAUGGUCAAUAAAACUGGUCGAAUGUUGCAGUACAAAGCAGAUGGAAUUCAUCGAAAGCAUCCACCUAAUUAUAAAAAGCCCGUUCUCUUUUCUUUUCAACCAAAUCACUUUUUUAAUAACAAUAAGGUUCAGCUUAUGGUAACUGAUAGUGACUUGUCAGAUCAGUUUUCAAUUGAUACUGUUGGUAGUCAUGGAGCUGUUAAAUGUAAAGGCCUGACAAUGGAAUAUCAAGUUGGUGUCACUAUAGACCUCAGCAGUUUUAACAUUACCAGAAUUGUGACAUUUACUCCUUUUUAUAUGAUUAAAAACAAAAGCAAAUAUCAUAUAUCAGUGUCUGAAGAAGGAAGUGAUAAAUGGCUCCCUCUUGAUUUGGAGCAGUGUAUCCCCUUCUGGCCUGUUGAUGCUUCUAGUAAACUUCUUGUUCAAGUUGAAAGGAGUAAAGAUCCUCCCAAAGGGAUACAUUUGAACAAACAGGAAAAUUGCAUUUUAUUGCGUCUGAAUAAUGAGCUUGGAGGUAUUAUAGCAGAAGUUAAUUUGGCUGAGCAUUCUGCAGUUAUUACAUUUUCAGACUAUCAUGAUGGAGCAGCCCCAUUUCUGUUAAUAAAUCACACCAGGACUGACCCUGUUCAGUACAAUCAAAGUUCUCUCGGUGAAAUAGAAGAUUCCCUCCCUCCUGGAAAAGCAGUGUUUUAUACGUGGGCUAAUCCAGUAGGCUCUAGAACGCUGAAGUGGAGAUGUGGAAAAAACUAUGGUGAAGUAACACAAAAGGAUGAUCUGAUGACAGCUAUGAAAUUGGGGGAAAAGACCAUUUACUUAGUUUCAUUCUUGGAAGGCUUACAACGUAUUAUUUUAUUCACUGAAGAUCUCAGGGUAUUUAAAGCAACAUACGAAAAUGAGAAAGCAGAGUUAGCAGAGCAAGAAAUUACACUGGCAUUACAAGAUGUUGGAAUUUCUCUUGUCAACAAUUACACAAAGCAAGAAGUAGCCUAUAUAGGCAUUACAAGUUCUGAUGUGGUUUGGGAGACAAAGCCCAAGAAGAAGGCAAGAUGGAGGCCAAUGAGUGUAAAGCAUUCUGAGAAGUUAGAGAAAGAAUUUAAGGAAUAUACUGAAUCAUCACCGUCAGAAGAUAAGGUCGUUGAGUUGGACGCUAACAUGCCGGUUCGCUUAACACCUAGUGGUAAUAACAUGAAAAUUAUGCAACCACAUGUAAUAGCUAUACGAAGAAAUUAUCUUCCAGCUUUAAAAGUGGAAUACAGCACAUCUGCGCAUCAAUCAUCAUUUAGAAUUCAGAUUUGCAGAAUACAGAUCCAAAACCAGAUACAUGGUGCUAUAUUUCCAUUUGUGUUUUACCCUAUUAAACCUCCAAAGUCAGUCACCAUGGAUUCAGCCCCAAAGCCCUUUACAGAUGUGAGUAUUGUCGUGAGAUCUGCAGGACAUUCCCAGAUAUCACGUAUUAAGUACUUCAAAGUGUUGAUUCAAGAAAUGGAUCUCAGGUUAGAUCUUGGAUUUGUCUAUGCUUUAGCAGACCUUAUUGCAGAAGCCGAGGUGACUAAAAAAAUGGAGGUUGACCUUUUCCAUAAAGAUAUAGAAGCUUUCCAAGAAGAAUAUGAAACAGUUUCGUUAGUAGAUCAGUCACAAGUCAGUCUCUAUGAAUAUUUUCAUAUAUCUCCUAUCAAGUUGCAUUUAAGUGUUUCACUGAGCUCAGGUAGAGAAGAAGCUAAAGAUUCACAACAACAUGGAGGACUGAUUCCAGUUCAUUCUUUAAAUCUUUUGCUGAAGAGUAUUGGUGCCACUCUUACAGAUGUCCAAGAUGUCGUUUUUAAGCUUGCAUUUUUUCAACUCAACUAUCAGUUCCAUACAACAUCUGAACUACAGUCUGAAGUAAUAAGACACUAUUCAAAACAGGGAGCCAUUCAGGGUCCUGAAGAGUUUGUGGAGGGAAUGGCACUAGGACUUAAGGCACUAGUUGGUGGAGCUGUUGGUGGAUUAGCUGGUGCUGCCUCCAAAAUCACUGGUGCUAUGGCUAAAGGAGUAGCAGCUAUGACUAUGGAUGAAGACUACCAGCAGAAGAGGAGAGAAGCCAUGAAUAAGCAACCAGCUGGUCUUAGAGAAGGCAUCACUCGUGGAGGGAAAGGCUUAGUUUCUGGUUUUGUAAGUGGCAUAACAGGAAUUGUUACAAAACCAAUCAAAGGAGCUCAAAAAGAAGGAGCAGCUGGUUUCUUUAAAGGUGUUGGGAAAGGUUUAGUUGGAGCAGUGGCGAGACCAACUGGAGGCAUCAUAGACAUGGCUAGUAGUACAUUUCAGGGAAUAAAAAGAGCUACAGAGACUUCUGAAGUGGAGAGUCUGCGACCUCCUCGGUUCUUUAAUGAAGAUGGAGUUAUCAGACCUUACAGGUUGAGGGAUGGUACUGGAAACCAAAUGUUACAGAUCAUGGAAGAUGGAAGAUUUGCAAAAUACAAAUAUUUUACCCAUGUCAUGAUCAAUAAAACAGAUAUGUUAAUGAUAACUAGAAGUGGUAUAUUAUUUGUAACAAAGGGAACAUUUGGACAACUUACAUGUGAGUGGCAGUAUAGCUUUGAUGAAUUUACCAAAGAGCCAUUCAUUGUUCAUGGAAGAAGACUGCGCAUUGAAGCAAAGGAACGGGUGAAGUCUGUAUUCCAUGCCAAAGAGUUUGGAAAAAUAAUUAACUUCAAGACUCCAGAAGAUGCUAGGUGGAUCCUUGCAAAGCUAGAAGAAGCAAGAGAACCUUCUCCAAGCCUCUGAUGAAGAGAACACGGCCUGAAGACACACAGCAAUAAAUUACUACAGCUUCCAGAUUGUACCUUCCAAAACCUGUUUGGGAAGCAAAUUACAGAAGUAACUUCAAGUACCCCAUAUUCUAGAUGCUAAAAAGAAAAAAAAUCAGAAUCAGGUAAAACAGCUAUGUGAUAAAAGUAUUUCAGUUCUUCAGAGAUCAGUUCGGUUUUCUAACUUGAAUCAUGCAACCGGUUAUAAUUCUAAUUAUCUUAUGAAAGAAGUAACAUUUCUUUUAGGAAUGAUUAUUUGUUCCAGGUUACUCUCUGUAGUUGUGGAGAGGUUACCCAUAGUUAGUCCUUACAUGGAGUCAAGUUUAACGUUCCUAGUUCACAUUUUAAACUUCUUUCAUGCUUGCUUUGAACUCCCUGAGUGAUAGGUGAAUAAUCAAAUCAAACAUUGCUUCAGUGGUAUCAAGAGAACUUUCACGGGGUUUCUUCAGAACCAUGAAGUUCUUUUUACAGAUAAAUAUUUUGGUAUUCCUUAUUUUUUUAAUAAAGUAUAGUUUGAAUUAUACUUAAAAUGCAUAGCAUGAUUAUGAAAAAUAAAUUUUUUUAUAUAUAACAUAUAACAUAGAUUAAAUUAUACCCUUUCAAGCCUCACCUUAAGAAAGGCUUGAAGAAAUGAGUAUCAUGCCCAAAAAAGGAAAGUUCCUCUCAGAACUUUAGAGCCUUAGAAAUACUUUCUCUUGCCACUCCAUGGGACUUACUUGGUUUACCCAGGUCAUUCAUGUUUCUGAUAGACUGCUGUUGUCAAAGGAAAAUUCCUAAAGCCUUAAUAAUACCUAUUUCCAUUUGCUGGUACCAUGAAAUAAGCAGUUCCCAACAUCUUAGAUAAAAUGGGUUAUGCUUCAGAGACAGCCUCUCUGAUAAGUAAAUGUAUAUACCCUAAAAUCUAACCCAGUAACCUAUCCUGUUAAUAGUAGACUGAGAAUUUCUGGUUUGCUUUCUCUACAAUUAUCUAAAUGAGAAUUGCUCCUUUAAAUGUACAGCUCAUCAGAACAAAGAUCAUAGGUUGCACAUUAGUAAAAAUAAGUUCAUGGGGUUUUCUUCUUGGUUUUUGUCCAAGAUCUUUUGUACCUUAAUACUAACAGACUGCUUCAAGUAAAAGAGAAUGAAUAUAUGAUUGUGAACUGUGAAGAGGGUGAUGCAUUGUCUUAUUUAGUUUUUGAGUAAUAUGAAGUAUUUGAUGCAUGUUGUGUGUGCUGCCAAUUUAUUAUAAACUGUUUUUGGAACUGAAGACUGUAUAGUCAGUGGUUGUGAAAUUCUCAGGCUCCUCAAACCCUUGCUUUGUUGUAAAAGCUAAAAUAAACAGCAUGCCAGACUGUAAUUGUAUUUCUUGCUGACCAAAUCCCUCUACUAAAUACUAUUGAUUUCCCUCUGAUUAUGAAAAUACAUUGUUUAUUGUCAGAAGUUUCCCCCAGAAUGCUUUCUUCUUUGCUGAAAAUAAAGUGAAUGAAAAGAUGA